AUGGCGAUUUCCACAGCUGGAGUAGCGGCAUUAUUGAGAUCUCAACCGACAGGAAUCAAUGUUCUUGGAGAGAUGGACUGCCCGUUUGCUUUACCAAGCGAUACAAGAAUAUUACGACGAUCUAAUUGGAUCAAACGACAUAAAAGGGAAAUAUAUUCUACACUGAAAGAAGCGUUAACAAUAAAUGGAUUUAAUGGAACAGCGUGUGUAUCAAAAAUGAUUUGCGAUGCUAAAAAAUAUGUGCCAAUGAAAGGAAAAUCUAUGAUCAAAGAUAUUCUCUUGCUGGUUUUCGAUUACUCCGAAGAAGACUUCAAUAAUGAAGAAUUAUGUUCAGAAAAUCUAGAAAAAAAUUGUCCAAUGUCCAUUAUGGAACACGUUUUAGAAGAAGUUACAUCAUUAAACGAUUGAUAGUUGUAUUAAUAGCCGC